UGAAAAAGAAUGAACUGGAAAAGAGGGGAUUUGAUGUCCACCUUUUCAAUGCAAUGGAGCCAGAACGGAGGACCCUAAACACCAUAAAAUAUCAUACACAUCUCCUUGUCUCAAUCCCUCCUAUCCCAGGUGUUGGUGAUCUGGUGCUGCAGCAUGGGGAACUUCUAAGGCAGGAACUUUCUGAUGGAAAUCUUCAGUGGCUCUGCUACUUAUCAUCAACUAGUGUAUAUGGACAUUGUGGUGGUGAAUUGGUGGAUGAGGAUUACCCAGCUCGCCCUUCUAGUGAGUUGGCCAAAAUGAGCAUAGUUGCUGAGAAAGGAUGGUUAAACCUGGCACAUGAUCUUGGCCUUUCAGCACAAGUAUUUCGACUUGGAGGUAUCUAUGGCCCGGGUAGAAGUGCGGUUGAUACAAUAGUUAAGCAGAAGCCACUCUCGGAAGGUCAAAAAAUGAGAGCAUCCAGGCAAUUCACGUCUAGAGUCCAUGUUGAGGACAUUGGUCAGUCACUUAAGGCUGCCAUUUUUAUGCCAUCAUCUGGGAAAAUUUAUAAUAUCGUAGAUGACGAUCCAGCUCCAAGGGAAGAAGUAUUUCGAUAUGCCCUGGAGUUGAUAGAGAGAAAGUGGCCUGGCUAUAUUGACCAUGAAGCUGCAUGCUCAAUGGCAAAACCAUGUGAACAGAAAGGAAUUUUAAGAAGAGAUAAAAGAGUUUCUAAUGCACGGGUGAAGAAGGAACUAGGACUGAGGCUUCUUCAUCCUAGUUAUAAAUCAGGGUUGCAGAGCAUUAUUGAUCAGAUGGAUACUCCAGUUUGCUACAACCGAGAGUUCAAACCAAAUAGAUAAAGACAACAAAGAAGAGUGAAUUUCAUGCAAUUGGAUGAAUUGCACUAGAGAUGGGACAAAAAUAUCAGGUACUCUAAUAUCCCCGAUGAAGUUAAAAGUAUGUCUAAAUUACAUUGUAAAAUUUCAAACUUUGUGAACUUGAAUCGGAAAACUCCUAGUGUGUAUAAAUUAUUACACAGUUUUUCUUAUUGCCA